UUGGAUGAAGCGUGUACGUGUGGCGUCACUUCCUGCGUAUCUUGGCUUCCUGCGGAGUUUCCUCCCUCGUUCUCUCUUUGCUGCCAGACCUCCGCCAUCAUGGGUCGCAUGCACGCUCCCGGGAAGGGCCUGUCCCAGUCGGCGCUGCCCUACCGCCGCAGCGUCCCCACGUGGCUGAAGCUGACGUCUGACGACGUGAAGGAACAGAUUUACAAACUGGCCAAGAAAGGCCUCACUCCCUCCCAGAUAGGUGUGAUCUUGAGGGACUCUCACGGUGUAGCCCAGGUCCGUUUUGUGACUGGUAAUAAAAUCUUGAGAAUCCUUAAAUCCAAAGGCCUUGCCCCUGAUCUCCCUGAGGAUCUCUACCAUUUGAUUAAGAAGGCAGUCGCUGUCCGAAAGCAUCUUGAGAGGAACAGAAAGGAUAAGGAUGCUAAAUUCCGCCUGAUUCUGAUAGAGAGCAGAAUUCACCGGCUGGCUCGUUACUAUAAGACCAAGCGGGUACUCCCACCCAACUGGAAAUAUGAGUCAUCCACAGCCUCUGCUUUGGUGGCAUAAAUUCCCUUGUAUACACAAGCAAUAAAAUCACUUUGAAUAAAUUCAA